CUUAGAGCAGCGAAAGGCCUUUGAGUGACUUGUCCAGGGUCAUGGAGCCAGUGUAUAUCAGCAGCAGGACUUAAAUCUAUGACUUCCUAAUUUGAAGGACCGAGGUCUAUUUACUACAUCAAAUUGCCUCUCAUGGAGCUGGGAACUGAACAGAAUACUCCUGGAAGUGCUCUGCGAUGCUAUACGUGUGUGGGGGACAGGUGCCACGGAAAGGGCCAAAGAUCCACCAACUGUUCAUCCUCCGAUGCCUACUGUGAGACCAUCGUGAUAGCUGCUCAGUUUGAUGCCCACAAGUUUGAAAACGUCAUCCAGAAAUGUUCCUCCACCUGUAAGCCCUCCAACACUACGAUUGGCGUGUUGCAUGUGACAUCGCAGUGUUGUAACAAGACCCUGUGCAACAUCAAUGGAGUGUCCAUUGUGACUGCCAGCCACUGGGCGGUAGCCUUGGCUGUGUUGACCUGCUUUUCCUUCCCUGUCUUCGGGAGUAGGCUCUGAUGUUUUAGCCAAUCAAUGGAUUCAUCAAUCUGGGAGCAUUUAUUGAGCACCAACUGUAUGCCAGUCAAAAUCAAAGUGGAUCUGCUCUUGUGGAGCUUACAUUCAAAUGAGGGUGACAAUAUAAACAUACAUAGAUCAAUACAAAACAUAUAUAGAAAACUGUUUAUUCUUAAAGAACUCAAACCUGUUCCCUGGGGAGUCCCAGGUUAUAUUUACUCAGUACCAUGGAUAUGGGGACUAGGAAACAUCUGGGUUUGGGGCAUCUUGAAGAUAAAACAUCUGGGUGACUAGAAUCUUGUUCUGGAAUUAUGAGCUGCAUUUCCAAACCCUCUCUCAGGGAACUACCCAAUGAGUUAGAGAUACAUUCUACCCUCCCAAUUAGACUCCAAUCAACUUAACUCAAUAGCCAUCUAUUAAGCACCAUCUGUGUCUAGAGUUCUGUGUUCACUAUUGGGGGAGGCAUAAAGCUUAGGUUCCUGCCAGGUGUGAAACUAUCUGGGCACAAGUAGAGCUUUGACCCUGUGUGCUGAAAUCUGGAAGACUAUGUUUCAUCCUUGUGCUGGUCGGUAUUCCUAUACUUUACCUCAAAAUCGCCCACUGGCCUUCACAUCUGC